AAAUUCAGAAAAAUAAAAUAUUAAAUUUUUGAUUAAAUUUCAACUAAAGUACCAAAAUGAUUUGUCCGAAACGCACGACGGAAUUGUUGGAGCAAUUCUUGGAACCUUUUAAGGACAAGGAUCCAGCCUGGGAAAUCGGUGUGUCGAAAAUUGCCGGUCGCGGUGUCUUUACAACGCGUAACAUUAAACGUGGCGAAGUGAUCUUUCGAGAUAUGCCUCUGCUUAUUGGUCCGGCUGCACGCAAAGAGGACACCUUGAAUUCCUGUUCGGUGUGUUUCAAACUUUUGCCCGACACGAAAUUUAUGUGCCGCCAAGGCUGUGGUCUGCCGAUUUGUAAUUUAUGCCAGAAAAAGAAACAACACAAAGCCGAUUGUGCCCUUUUCAAGUCGUGGGAACCCUGUGAACCGGAGGUGGCCAAUUCGUUGAUUAUUCGCCUGCUGUGUCCAGCCAGGGCCAUUAAUUGUACCAAGGAGCAAAGGGAUUUAAUGUAUUGCCUGCAGGCCACUUUGGAUAAUAACCAUCGCACCGAGGUGCGCAAUGCAGCCAAGUGUUUCCGCAAAUUUCCCACCGACAAGAAGCUGAUCGACAUCAUGAAUCGUGCUGUGGCCGUGUUGCGUACAAAUGGCUUCGAUGAGACAUCGGAUCGUACCAAUGAUAAUCAGGAAUUUUUCUAUCGUGCCCUGUUCCCCCUUUUCGCACUGGUCAAUCAUGAUUGUGUUCCGAAUUCGUAUUAUACGUUUGAGGAGAAAACCAACAACAUGAUUGUAAGGGCCUCGGUGGAUAUACCAUCGGGUACGGAGAUUACCACAACUUAUACGAAAUUGUUUACGGGAAAUAUUGCUCGUCAUUUGUUCCUGAAGAUGAAGAAAACGUUCACCUGUAAAUGUCAGCGGUGCUCAGAUCCAACUGAAAAAGGUGCCUUCAUAUCAGCCGUCUAUUGUCGUGACACCAAUUGCCCCGGUCUCGCUGUGCCCGAAGUAACUGGCAUGCCGCAACCGAACUGGAAUUGUUUGGAAUGUAAACAGAAGUCGCCACACGCUCCAAUGUCAAAGGCCCAAGAUUUGGCCGUGGGUGCCAUCAAUGCCAAAACCAAUUCGAAUUCAUUGAAAACUCUCAUCCAGUACAUCAAAGAGAAAAGUUCCAGUUUCAUACCCGAAAGUAAUUAUUGUAUUAUCGAUGCCAAGUUGCAGGUCAUAUCGAGGCUGAGUAAGAGCCUCGAAGACUGUGGCGAAGAAUCGGCUGGCACAAAGGCACAGUUUUGUCAGGAUAUUUUGGAUAUUAUGGAUAAAUUGGGACUGGGUGAUUGUGUUAUGCGUACCUAUUUGGAGACCGAGAAGGCCAAGUGAAUGCCCACCAUAUGAUAUACAUAUAUACACACACACACAAAUGUAAUUUGUUGAGCGAGGCCAAGCCACAUGAGAGAGUAAUAAAAACGAAAUGAAUGAAGGGUAUUAAAAGAUCAUCAUUGGACAAAGGAGAUUAAGUUUCGAUGAUGAUGAUAAUAAUGUAAAUGAUUUGAAAUAAAACAAAAACAAGAAUAAAUAUUAUUUAUGUAUUCGAAUAAGAUUAUUAUUUUAUAUAUUUUAUGUUUAAAAAGUACAGAUGUGCAAUAAUUUAUU